AUCAAGAACUACAAAUUUACUGCCGUGUAUUCUGUGGGCCCCUGCUGUCAGGGAGCCAUUUAGUGCCGACCCUAACUUCCCUUCGUCCACCGAGGUGCAGUUGCUUUGAUGAAGGCCGAAAGGACUGGGACGCUGCCUCGGAGCUCGCCAUCUUUCCCUCUGUCUAUUUCUCCAUCAAAUCUAGAACACGCGAAGAGAUAGAUGAUAGCUUAGUUCGAGUUCUGCCUUCGCUUCUCGUUUUACCGUGCUCGUGUGCUUCUCUCUUUUACGUUGUGGGAAUCGUUUGACAACGGCGUAAAUGCCAUAUUGUUCAUGGGAAAGAAGGGAGGAAGCUCGUGGUUGACGGCGGUGAAAAGGGCCUUCAGAUCUCCCUCCAAGGACUCGGACAAGAAGGCCUCCAAGCAAAGAGAGGAACAAGACCAGGAAGAGGAGGAGAAGCAUAAGAGGGAGAAAAGGAGAUGGAUAUUUCGGAAGUCUUCGGCCCACGAGCAGCAGCAGCAGCAGGGGAGGGCGGCGCCGGCACUGGCCAUGGCGACGGCGGCGACGGCGGAGGCGGCGGUGGUGACGGCGCAGGCCGCGGCGGAGGUGGUCCGGCUCACGAAGCCUUCUUCGGCCAGCGUCGUCCGGGAGCACGACGCCGCCAUCAUCAUCCAGACGGCCUUUCGAGGAUACCUGGCAAGGAGGGCGCUGAGGGCACUGAGGGGGCUGGUGAAGCUCCAGGCUCUGGUAAGGGGGCACAACGUCCGGAAGCAAGCGAACAUGACGCUGAGAUGCAUGCAAGCCUUGGUGAGGGUCCAAGCCCAGGUGAGAGACCAGCGGUUCCGGCUCGCCCAGGAGGCGGCCGGAUGCAGUAGCAACAAGUCCUCCUUCAGCUGCGACACCUCCUUCUGGGACUCCAAAUACCUCCAGGAGCUCGAACAGAGAAGAUCCAUGUCGAGAGAAGGGAGUAGUUAUGCGGACGUUUGGGACGACCGGCCACGGACUAUUGAGGAGAUCCAAGCUAUGGUGCAGAGCAGAAAGGAGGCUGCUUUGAAACGAGAGCGAGCCCUCUCAUAUGCCUUCUCUCAUCAGUUCUGGAGACCCGAUAGAAACCUCUCCCCGUCGCUCGAAGAAGAAGUGGAAGUGGCCUCAAGAGGAGAUCAGAGGCCACCGAGGUGGACGGACCGUUGGAUUGCCUCGAGGUCUUCUUUUGAUAACAGAGCAAGCAGCAGGGGAAGAGCCUCCACCGAUCAGAUAGACCCCAUCAAGACCCUGGAGAUCGACCCAGCUCGGCCCUUCUCUUAUACCACCAACCCCACGAACCCCCGACGGCCGCCCCAACCCAGCUCGCACCAGCUAUCCUCCCCUCUUGGCCGCUCCCACCACUCCCCCGUCACGCCGUCGCCUUCCAAGUCGCGGCCUUUGCAGGUGCGCUCCGCGAGCCCUCGCUGUGGGAGGGAGGAGGGGAGCUCCUCCGCCUACUACCACCACGGGGCGUCGCGCCACCACCGGGCAGCGGUGCCGAACUACAUGGCGGCGACGGAGUCGGCCAAGGCGCGGGCGCGGUCGCAAAGCGCGCCAAGGCAGAGGCCAGCGACGCCGGAGCGGGAGCGGGGGGCUGGCUCCAUUAAGAAGCGGCUCUCCUUCCCGGUGCCGGAGGCGUACGGGUACGGCGGGUACUCGCAGAGCCUGAGGAGUCCAAGCUUCAAGAGCGCGGUCGGGCGACUCGGGGAGGAGCAGAGGUCGAACGUGUCCUCGUUCUGCAACGAGAGCUUCGGCGGCGAGGUCUCGCCGUCGUCGACGACAGAGCUCCGGCGGUGGCUUAGGUGAGAGAGAACCGACCCGUACUUUGGCAAUGGGGAUGGUGGUGUCGUGAUGCUUCUUUGGCCGUACUUUUCUAACUCUUUGGUGUGCCUGCGGGAUUUACAGUUGAGAUGCUGCAACGAGUCCUUGCGGUUCGUGAGUGGUGGGGUAGGGAACAGGGAUUGGUAUUGAUUUGGUCUUCUUGUUCUUUUUGAUUGGAUAACUUGCAAGAUAUUGUCAAUCUAUGGACUUUUUGACCAGAUUCGGGUUGACAAAUUGGGGUUGUAAGUAAAUUUGUUUUGACUGAUGCAUUAGCUGGAUUUUAUUGAUUUGAGUCAUUGGUGAUGGCUCUGGACUUGCUCUAAGACCCAACUUCCAU